UCCAUUGACAACCAUUCGCCCCCAAUCGUUCCUCCUCCGUGCCCGCACAAAAAAGCAGAUAUCACCACAAGCAGCUCAGAAACUGGCACAGAAGCAGAAAACAAAGACGCCCAAGAAAGCUGUCCAAGCGCCGGCUGACUCUCGAUAUGAAAUCAUGAAACGAAUUCUAUACCAGACCCCAAAGACUGAGAUGCCACCGAUGACAGAGGAGGAGUUGGAAAGACAUGAGAUAAUUGAACGUGCAUGGAAGUUAUUAAUGAGAAAUAGGAGAGAGGCUCGGGAGCGCGAGUUACAAGCAAAGUUCAGAAAGAUGAAGCAGGCGAAUAGAGAACUAGAACGAACGAGUCUUACUUUAUUUAAAGCAGCUCAGUCUAUGCAACCCAACACAAGAUUUCCGAAACAAAUGAAAAUUCCCACAGAAACACCACCCUUGUCCGGAUGGAAUUAUACUUAUACUCCACCUAAAGCGUCCGAGAAUGAACAGGAAAUGCGAUGA